CUAUGAGCCGCCCCGCCUCUCCUUCUCUCCAACCCUCGUCACCUACCCGCGUGGCGCCUCUCCUCCACCGGACCACCUCUCUAGCCCUCGUCACCGCCGCGCGCAGCUCCUGUCAUCCACCUCUCUAGCCCUCGUCACCUCCGCGCGUAGAGGCUCAUAAAGCCCCUCCCUCGAACCCUCGCAAUUGCCGUCUCUGUCAUCAUGCUCCACCUCUCAUCACCUCAAUUUCAUCCUCUUACAAGCCUCAUGCCGGCGAAAAUCUCAACCCGAACUUCUGCAACCUAAGGAACUUGUUGUCCUUGUUCAUGAUUUGGGCCCAAAUUGGGAGCUAGUGAGCAAUGCUAUCAACAACACUCUCCAAUUCAAGGCGUUUGAACCCGAAACCAAAACACACCCGCUCUUCAAUGUGGCCUUCAGCAUCAUUGUCCCUUCGAGCUCUCUGUUGUUUUGCUUCUUCUUCUUCUUCAUCCCUUCUUCUUUCCCCUGCUCUCCGGCUCUCCCACCAUUUCCUCCUCUCCGCUCUCUCUUCAAACCCUCGCCCUUUUCCCCUAAUGCAAAGCUCCACCGCUGAACCUCAUCAUUUCUCCUCCUCCCCAUUAGCUUCAAGUUCUCGAGGAAAGGGCCGAGGUUUUGGCUCUAGGGAUGAUCGGUCCCCGCACGGUGGAAAAGGCGGCAUUGAUCGGAUCGAUGCUCUUGGGAGACUCUUGACAAGGAUCUUGCGCCACCAGGCUUUAGAGUUGAAGUUGGAUAUGAGGAGCGAUGGUUAUGUUAGGGUUCAUGAUUUGUUAAUGUUGAAUGUGAUGACGCUUGCGAAGGUCCCUUUGAGAUCCCACUCAGUGGAUGAAGUUAAGGAGGCAGUGAGGAGGGAUAACAAACAACGCUUCGGCCUUUUGGAAGAAAAUGGGGAGCUUUUGAUCCGUGCCAAUCAGGGCCACACAAUAUCGAUUAUCAGCUCUGAGAGCUUAUUACAGCCCAUCUUGUCAGUUGAUGAACUAGUUUGUGUGCAUGGCACUUAUAAGAAGAAUUUGGAAUCAAUCUUGCAAUUUGGGUUAAAGCGAAUGGCAAGGUUACACGUCCAUUUCUCAUGUGGAUUGCCUACAGAUGGUCAAAUAAUUAGCGGUAUGCGGAGAGAUGUUAAUGUCUUGGUCUUCUUGAACGUCAGAAAGGCACUGGAAGAGGACAUGAAGCUAUAUAUAUCAGAUAACAAAGUUAUCCUGACGGAGGGCUUUAAUGGUGUUGUGCCUGUCAAAUUCUUCGAGAAGAUUGAAACAUGGCCUGGGAGACAACCCAUACCUUUUCAAAGCUGAAAUUUUGGAUCGAUGAUUGGUCUUUGUAUACCUGGUUGAUGAGUAUUUCAUUUAUCCACCAGGGUUCAUGGUAGAUGAUUGAGCAUUUUUUCUAUGUAAAAGCUUGGAAUUGCUAACUAUACACUGACCAUUUAGAUGUGGUAAUGUGUGAUGCUGGCCAUUGAGUGUGGAAAAUAAAUAAACAAAUAAAAUAAACUAA